GGUGUCCGGAGGGAACGGUGCGGCCGCGCCCCGGCGGUUUCCGGUAGGGCCGCGUGGGGGACUGUCCGGGCCGCGGCGCUGCGCCCGUGGGAAGGAGCGUCCAGCUGUCGGUGAGUCUGCCUCGGGCCGUUCUCCGCCCUGGCGAGUCGGCGGCACCGGGGGGACUGCCGCUGCCCGGCCCGGCCCGCCUCGCCUCUCCCGCGCCGCUGAGGACAGGUGACUGAAUAUGGCCGGACAAAUAUCAGAGUCUGAUCAGAUCAAGCAGUUCAAGGAGUUUCUUGGAACAUACAAUAAACUUACAGAAAACUGCUUUCUGGAUUGCGUAAAGGAUUUCACUAGCAGAGAAGUUAAACCAGAAGAGAACCUGCCUUUACUUGGCGACAGAACUGGAGACCCUCUUCCCUCUCACUGCCCCAGCACAUACCGAAUCCCUGUGCCUGCAGCUGCCACGGGAGCAGCCGGCAACUCGACUCCGGGCUCAGAGGGGACGCUCUAACCACAUUAUCGGCAGGAAAGGGCUGUCGGCUGCCUCUGCUGCUGUGUUUUUGCUAUGGGACCCGCUUAGGCCUCUGCGAGCAAGUGCGUCCGUGUCCCGCCGGGGGCGGGGAGCCCCCGCGGGCAGCGGCGGGAUUGAGGAGGGAGUUCACACCCACCACCGCCUCCCGGGGAGCCCGUCCGUGGGCACGCCGCGAGGGCUGCCCUUCCUUCUCCGCUCAAGGGAGCGCGGCGGCUCGGCCCGGGGCUGCCCUUCCUUCCUUCCCCGCGCAGGGGAGCGCGGCGGCUCGGCCGCUGGGGCGGGAGGACACAACGCCAUGGCGGCGGGAGCUGCGGCUUCUCCCGCCCAGCCCAGGGCAGCCGCCGGCGCGGUACCGUGCGGAGGGACGGGUUGCGGCCGUGCGGGCACCGGGCACCACGCAGUAACUCGCCGAGCGAAGCCGCGGGGCGCUG